GGAGUUACCAGACACAACUGUUUAAAGUAGAAGCACAAUAUCAUUCCCGUUCUGAUAUUGGACUUUGUUCUUCUUUCCAUCCUUUAAAGGUCUGUCUGCACUUUUAACCCCGAGUUUUUGCCCUCCUAAAAAUCACAGGGGCAACCAAAUCUGAGGGCUUUCUAAAUAUUUUGUCUUCUCAUGUUUGGGAUGUUUGUUGGAGGUGACGUGGGUUUUAUUUUGCAUAAUUGCCUCAUAUUUCUCUGUAUUUCAUCACAAAUCUGAAACUUGCCUUCAACUAAUAGCAGAAUUUGAUCAUGACUGAGAUUAAAAAAAACUGCGGUUUGCUGUAUAUAGAGGAUGGUGCCUGAAGUUAGUUUGACAUUAGUUGACUGUGAAUUUAGCUGUGAUCACACCAAUGCUUUACUAGUUCCAUUGAAGGAGACUAUACUGUAGAUGUCUUAUUUAGCUGUCUUUCUGUUAGAUUGCUGUAUAAACUCUGGUGUAACACCAGUAAAAAGUAGGAACUGAGGAUAAACUAUUAAGUCACAAAACUCUUACUAUAAUUCCUGCACUAGAUACUAUUGAAUGUUAAACUGGCGUGCCUGUUCUGCACUAAAAGCAAGACUCUGGCAGGUGUGAGCUCACAGUGUAAACACCUUUGUCUUAUCUUCCAUUGUGAACAUUGUAAAUGUGUGUACAUGUAGAGGCAGAGAUUUUAUACUUUUGUUUCCUGAGGGAUUUUCUUCUUUUGAUGUACUUUAUGGAUGAGUUUACAUAUUUUCCUGUCUCUGGUGAUGACCGAGCCUUUCAGCCACAACGAAAUAAUAUUUUCAUCAAAAUGUUUAUGUUUUAAAGUUGUUGACUUAUUUUGGUUAUUUAUUAAAAACUACACCUGAGAAAGAAAAUUGUUUCUAAACUCUUGUUUUAGAAAUGUAACUUUUGAGGAAACGCUAAAAUUUAUGUGAACUUUUAAAAGACUUAAGAUAGAUAGAUAGAUAGAUAGAGUGUGAGUGUGUGUGUGUGUGUGUGUGUGUGUGUGUGUGUGUGUGUGUGUGUGUGUGUGUGUGUGUGUGUGUGUGUGUGUGUGUGUGUGAAGGGGGGGGCUGCAUGUAAGCCCACGUGAACUGUGUAAGCUGAUAACUCACCAACUCUACAGUCAGCAGAUUUGUAAGAAACAUCAACGCCUAAUCGUCCCAUCAGUGAGAGUAGACAUUAUUAGGCCUUUAUCUUUCUCGGUUACUCCAAACAAGAGCAUUUCUCUGUAGGUAUUCUUAAAAACAUACAGAAAACAACACCUUCAUUGUGUAACCUUUAAAAUCUGUCUGCAAUUUAAUUCUCUUCAGUCUCAUACUUUGCUGAGAACCAAACUGUGUUACUGCUGGUUUUUGCCUGGUGUCUGUUUUCUUCCAUUUGGUUGAUGUCUCUUUGACUUGGCUCAUGAAUUCCAACACCUCUUACUAAUUUUUGCGCUUUUGUCUUCAUUCCUUGCCAAAAUGUAAUUUUUUUGUGCUCUAUAGUAGACACUGGGAAUUAUAUUAAAAAUAUCCUCCAUGCUGUUUACCUCUGUUUACCUAUGCUAUGGCAAAGUAGAGGUAUAAUCAUGAGUACUACGCUAGAAGUGCUGUAAUUCCUUCUAAUGGAUUAGUUUUAUCUGCAUGAAGUGCGAACAAGUUGUUCCCAGUGUUUUCCAUUCAUAAAAAAGGCCAUAGUUAAAGGGUUUUGACCAAUCAGAAUCUAGGUAGUCUUUUUACUCUGACUGACACUUUACUUUGACAGCUCUACUUUUACGUUUAUGUAAUGGUCAAAGUCCUGCAGUGUUGUUCAAAAAUCCAACUCCACCACCAAGUUACAAACUCAUAAAACACUUGCAAAUUAACUUAAAAAUGGAGACUUCAAUUUUGUGACACAAUGUCUGUAAACCUUAGUUAGACAUGACCUCAUGAAGGGGCUGAAUUUGUUCCAUGAAGUUAAUAGAUUGCAACUAAAUAAAGAGGACAGAGAGAGAGAAGUCAAGUUUCUAUAGCCGUCUUGGUUGUCAAAUAAUGUCAGGAAACUAAAAGUGUGUUUCCAGACCAGAAAUGAAUCAAACCAAACAUUAUUAUUUUCCACUGUGCACGAUUGUCAUCUCUGAUUUCUCCCUGUGACAGUAUCUCCCUCUGCUGCCUCACAUUCCUGUAGUUACCAACCCACUGCAUGCAUACCACAUUUAUUCCUCCUCGCCUUGAAUUUCUUUUCGUCUGCCUCUCUUCUCCAUCAAGUUCUACGAGGGUGUCUCGCUAUUUGUUUCUUCUCUCCACUUCUGCAGCAUGCACAUGGGUUAGCAGAGGAUAAAGCAUUACGGGGUUGGCUUACGUAGUGGAUAAAUCCCUUUUGAGAGAAGCUGAUGAGUCAGGUAGAUCUCUAUCUGUGUCUGUGAAAGGAAGAGUGGGGACUCUAAGGUGAUAGCUGUGAAACAAGACGACCGGUCUCUACAGAUUUCUACUUACAUUUUACAUUUGCUUUUGUAUUUUAUCAUCUUUUUGGUCCACUAUGUAGACCCCUCUGCGCUCCUUCCCAGCCUUUCACCUCCCCGAAUCUCUCUCUUUUUCUUUUGCUCCACAUCACAUAUGGAUAUCGGUGGUCUUGCGACAGUGGUUGCCAACUCGGCUUACAUCUCAGCCCGUGGGAGCUUUGAUGGCACUGCUAACCCGGGGUCAAACCGAGACAAGAAGUAUCAUUCUCGCCUGAAGCUUCCUCACAUAACCGUGUGUGAAGGCCUGAGGGAGACUUUAGAUCUCAGCUUCAGGAUGGUCUGUGUGGAGCAGCCUAUUGGAAAACGACUCUUCCAGGAGUUUCUGGAGUCUAACAGUGAGUACAAAGGCCCCUGCUGUCUGUGGAAGGAUAUUGAGGAGUACAACAUGGCUGAGGAUGAAGACAGAGUCAAGAAAGCCAGUAAAAUCUUAUCCAGGUACAUGGAGCCCGGGGCCAAGUAUCUCUGCUCCUUCCUGCCUGAAAAUGGGAUCACAAAGGUCAAAGAGAAACACCAUGAUGCUGGGGAUGACCUGUUCAACGACACCCUGGAUCGUGUGAUGGAUUUCCUGCAGGAGGUGCCCUACACUUUCUUUCUGGAGAGUAUGUACCUCAAAAGGUUUCUGCAGUGGAAGUGGCUGGAGAUGCAGCCCGUAGGAGAGGACUGGUUUUUGGAUUUUCGUGUCCUGGGGAAAGGGGGCUUUGGGGAAGUGUCUGCCUGUCAGAUGAAGGCUACAGGGAAACUGUACGCGUGCAAAAAGCUCAACAAGAAGAGGCUGAAGAAGAGGAGAAGCUAUGAGGUGAGGAUUCCCAAACAACAACACACAUUAUGCUUUGAUUAGUGAGACACUCAUCGCUGAAGUUCCUCUGUCCCAUAGGGGGCAAUAGUGGAGAAAAGGGUCCUGGCUCGGGUCCACAGCAGGUUCAUUGUCUCGCUGGCUUAUGCCUUCCAGUCAAAAACAGAGCUGUGCCUGGUUAUGACCAUCAUGAACGGAGGAGACCUGAGGUAAGAUCUCUUUCUCAUCACAUCCUCAAGUAACAUCAAGCUAAGGGUCUCAUGAUGUCUAAUGCAACUAGAUCAAAAUACCUGUUCUACUCUACCACUACCAGGUAUCACAUUUAUAAUGUGGAUGAAGACAACCCUGGGUUUGAUGAGCCUCGGUCGUGCUACUAUGCUGCUCAGAUCAUCCAGGGCUUGGAGCACCUCCACCAGAAGAGGAUCAUCUACAGAGACCUCAAACCAGAGAACGUGCUGCUUGAUAACCAAGGUCAGACACCUGAGUCUGGAAAAUAUAUAGUUUCUCAUUUUCAAAGUACUUCUGGACUAGAUGUAGUUACAGGUACUUGAUGAAUUAUAUUAGUUCAGAAACACAAAGUUAGACACCCCCUCGAGAGAUGAAUGCUGCCGACCGCUUGCUUCUCUAGUUAUACCAACUUUAGUAACGACCGCACGAUAGCAAUACGCAGCGGUCUCAGGAGCCAUACACAAACCUCAACCAAAACGCCACUUUAUAGCCACAAAGAAUGCUCAGAACAGCACCUAACUUCAUCAACAGUACAUAUAGGGUCCUAGCCACCAAAUAUCGUUUUAGCUUUGCCUUAUUUCUUUAGCAAAGAGACUAAACACAACUUACCCACUCUCUUCCAGCAGCUGCUUGUUUUAGCGAGACCUCAGGCCAGUCCAUUACGGACUGCUGCGGGGUGACACAGCUCAAGGAAGAACAUUUAUGAUCAUUUUUUUUAUCAUUUCCUUGAAGUAAAAAUCACAAUAUCAAUCAUUUUGCACUGCAGACAUGGUAGUUCUUCUUCUGCUUUAGCAUCUCAGUCUGAUUGCAUUUCCAUGAACAAAUGACCCUAAAUUAAUUUUACGCCAGAAUAUCCCUUUAAGAAGUUUGAUCAAGAGCCCUGGAAGUACUUUUUUUUUUACUACACCUGGGACAUCUGGUGCACUUUCUUAAUUUCAAAAAAAUAUACUUCUAUGUCUGAGAGAUUUCCUACUCUGCAAUUUAUGUUGUAGGUGCAUUUAGUCUCUAAGUCGCCACAUUACGACUGUGUCAGCAGUUAUGAGAUAGACUAUUUUUGGGGGGGAUGCAGGGCUUUUACAUGGGUUUCACAUUUCGCAGUAUAACACUAUCAGGCCACAAGGGGGCGAUGUUAAGCCAUAAAGUCUAGAAAAAGUUCCUGUAUCAAAAUAAAGUUUAGUUGAAGUUCAGGAUUAUUAAUCAAGUUAAAACAUAGUACAGUACACACAAGUACACUGUGCAAACACACAUUAAAACAAACAUCCUCCACACCGACAGUACACAUCAUGUUACAUUUAGUACAAGGUUGUCUUACAGCUGCAGGUCAGAGAGGAAAUCUGCAUGUCAGCAUUUGACAACACCUUCCUGUUUGUUCUCUCAGGUAACGUCAGAAUCUCUGACCUCGGUCUGGCUGUGGAGCUGGCUGAAGAUCAGGUGAAAAUAAAGGGCUAUGCAGGGACUCCAGGUACAGUUCAAGAAAACAAUAUUUACCUUUUUUCCUUUAGCAGGAUUGGUGAGACCCAUACCUUCACAGUGUUUUUCUUCGUCACCUUGUGAUUAUUCGAUAUUUACCUUGUCCUAUGUGAAGCCUCGUACAGAAAUCUACUCGUUGUCUAAACAGUGUUAGCUGAAAGACCACACUAAAAUGAUACAACAAGAUAUGAUACAAGUUUAUACCACCAUGAAUAAACAGUAAACAUACAAUCUGGUGAAGUUGUUUUUUUCUUGUCUCCCUUUUUGUCUUCAGUGGCUUCUUUAACCGAGUUGUUUUUAUUCUCUGAGUUUAAUUCAUACAGCAGGCUAAAAAUAAAUACACCCCGAGUCAAAUUAACUUGUUCAGAAUGAGAUGCAAUUGCUGUUUAAAUGCAUUUAUUGUGUAUUAGACGACACUGAAAUCUUUACUUUUAAAUCUUUGGUUUUAGUCUUAGUAGAUAGAGACAAAAGUGUUUGAGAAAAGAUUCUGAUAUUUCAUUUGUGAAGUCUGUAUAAGUCAUCUUGAAUUGUUCAUUUCACCUACAUCUGCGCUCCACCUGUCCUCCUUCAGGUUUCAUGGCCCCCGAGCUGCUGAGAGGAGAGGAGUAUGACUUCUCUGUGGAUUAUUUCACUCUUGGGGUCACUCUGUAUGAGUUUAUGGCUGCAAAGGGACCCUUCAGGACUCGAGGAGAGAAGGUAUGCAGUGACCUCUGACCCUUUUCCCGUCUUCUCUGUUUUCACUUGAUUAAUAAUCCUGAACUCCAACUUAACUUUUAUUUUGAUACAGGAACUUUUUCUAGACUGUAUGCCAUACAGUAUGCCUGAUAACACUAUCAGGCCACAAGAGGGCGAUGUGAAGCCAUACAGUGUAUGGCUUAACAUCGCCCUCUUGUGGCCUGAUGGUGUUACUGCUGCAAAAUGUGAAACCCAUGUACAAGCCCUGCAUCUUAAAAAAAAUAAUUCCAUCUAAUAAACUACAAAUAUUCUUAAGUUUGUCUUUAUAUGCUCAGAUAUGUUUCCUCCAAUACUUGUCAACUAAAACACGUAAAAAUACCUCACAUAUAGGAUUUUACUCAGGAAAACUGUUUAUGAUUUACUCAAAGUGUAAAAAGUAUUCCCAUAUAGAGCUUGUUUAUAUAAGAUUUGUAUGAACACAUGUAGUAUUAGCUUUUAACAUUUAUUUACACUGAUGAGAAUGUAUAUAAAUGGGAUUUAUGGUGGUAUAUGCUCAUGUAGUUUAAGACAUUAGAAUAAAUGCCAGAAUUGCUCUUUAAUUGUUUGAUUUCAGGUGUUUUUGAACAGAAGAGGAUAAAAUUUUACAAGUAUUAUAAAUCCAUCUGUGCAGGUUUUGAAUCAGAGUUGAACUUUCAUCUGUUUUCAUCUUUGUGCUGUUCUCAAGGUGGAGAACAAGGUGGUGAAGAAGCGGGUCCUGAAUGACCCAGUGAUCUAUCCAGAGAAGUUCAGCGAGAACGCCCGGUCCAUCUGUGAGGGUCUGCUGAUGAAAGAGGUCGACAAGAGGCUCGGCUUCAAGAACGGAUCAUGUGACGAGCUCAGAAAGCAUCCCUUCUUCAGCCAGAUCAACUGGAGAAAACUCGAUGCAGGUCUUUGCAGGGAGAUAUUUAAGUUUUAUCACAUCAGUUCACUUAUCAGUUUCUACAGUUUCUCACCCUCUCAUUUGUGUUGUUUCCCCUCAGGGAUCCUUACUCCUCCUUUUGUGCCAGACUCAAAGACAGUUUAUGCCAAGGACAUUGACGACGUCGGGGCGUUCUCCACAAUUAAAGGUGUACAUCUGGAAGAAAAGGACAGGGAGUUUUUUGAUGAGUUUGCAUCAGGGAACAUCUCCAUCCCCUGGCAGGAGGAGAUGAUAGAGACAGGGGUCUACGGUGAGCUCACAGUUUGGGGACCUGGCGGGACUUUGCCUCAUGAUCUGUGCCAUGAAUCCAUCCUGGAGCAGCCUGCAAAGUCCUCCACCUGUACGCUGUCCUAAAUGUGCAGUGCGCCACUGAAAGCAUCUGCUUUUACUAGAUGAAUUAAGUUAAAAUGUUUGGAAGUCAGUGAGAACUUCCUAUUGUUCAAGCUUCCAGUGCAGAUACAGAUCAUUUUGCACUUUUGAAAAAUAACUUCCCCGUGGCUCUCAUAGGCAGUACUUGCAAACAUGAAAGAAAACUUUUGCCAGGUCAGAAAUGUAAUACGCUUAUUUUCACAACAAAGAUGCUGAUGGGUUGAAAUAAUUCCCAGAAAUCAGUUGAAAACAGCCCGUAUUAUCUUUGUGUUAAGAUUAAAAACAAAAAGAGAUCAAGUGUAACUGUUCUUUUUUAUUUGCAAUGGCAGAGAUUAUAUUUUGAAUUAUUAAUUUAUUCUACAAAUAUCACGAAAGGGGGAGACACCUAUCCCAC